AGCAUGGUUCUCAGAAUGCAGGGCUUCCAGCUCCUGCUCAGGUAGUUGUAGAAGAUGCAACGGUGGGAUGUGGAAGGUUAGUAUUGAAUUGGCCUGAGUUUUGGAGAGCCUUUAGCCUUGAUCACAACCGUGCAGAUUUAAUUUGGAAUGAGCGCACUCGGCAGGAAUUAAGAGAAGCAUUGCAGGCAUAGUUAUCAUGGCGUCGCCUAGUCAAAUUUCCUGGAAUUACACUGAGUUCUCUGUUAGAUAUCCUAGCUUAUGAAAAGAAGUUUGUGUCGGUCAGUAUUAUCUUCGCCUGUUGCUUGAGAGUGGUAGUAGUGGAAGAGCAGAAGAUUUCCCCCUUCGUGAUCCAGUUGCUCUUUUUAGAGCUCUGUAUCAUCGCUUCCUUUGUGAUGCAGGUACAGGCCUUACUGUAGAUGGUGCUAUUCCAGAUGAAAUGGGUGCCUCUGAUAAUUGGUGUGAUAUGGGAAGGUUGGAUGGUUUUGGAGGAGUGGGAGGCUCCUCCUCAGUUAGGGAGCUUUGUGCACGAGCAAUGGCAAUUGUAUAUGAGCAGCACUACAGCACUGUAGGUCCAUUUGAAGGUGCUGCACACAUUACAGUGCUCUUGGACAGGACUGAUGAUAGAGCUCUGCGACACCGUCUUCUUCUUCUCCUCAAGGUAUUGAUGAACGUUUUGUCCAAUAUAGAGGCAUGUGUAUUGGUUGGUGGUUGUGUACUAGCUGUUGAUCUGCUAACUGUAGUUCAUGAAGCUUCAGAGAGAACUGCUAUACCUUUGCAGUCUAACUUAAUAGCUGCUACUGCUUUUAUGGAGCCAUUGAAGGAAUGGAUGUAUGUUAACAAGGAUGGUGCACAAGUUGGACCAGUGGAGAAGGAUGCUAUUAGAAGAUUCUGGUCAAAGAAGGAAAUAGAUUGGACCACAAAGUGUUGGGCUUCUGGGAUGACUGAUUGGAAGCGACUGCGAGAUAUUCGAGAACUUAGAUGGGCUCUUGCUGUCCGAGUACCUGUUCUCACUCCAACCCAGGUUGGAGAUGCAGCAUUAUCCAUAUUGCAUAGCAUGGUGGCCUCACACUCAGACAUAGAUGAUGCUGGGGAGAUAGUCACACCAACACCCAGGGUCAAGCGGAUCUUAUCAAGCCCAAGGUGUCUUCCCCAUAUUGCACAGGCCAUGCUUUCUGGUGAGCCAAGUGUUGUAGAGAGUGCUGCUGCUUUGUUGAAGGCUGUUGUUACUAGGAAUCCAAAAGCAAUGAUAAAACUGUACAGUACUGGGGCUUUCUAUUUUGCACUAGCAUAUCCUGGAUCGAAUCUCCUUUCAAUUGCUCAUCUAUUCUCAGUGACUCAUGUUAACCAAGCUUUUCAUGGUGGGGAAGAAGCAGCACUGUCCUCUUCUUUGCCUUUUGCAAAAUGCAGUGUUUUGGGUGGACUUUUACCUGAAUCCUUGCUUUAUGUAUUGGAAUGUAGUGGUCCAGCUGCAUUUGCUGCAGCAAUGGUUUCUGAUUCUGAUACUCCUGAGACCAUCUGGACACACAAAAUGCGAGCUGAAAAUCUUAUCCGUCAGGUUCUGCAGCACCUUGGUGAUUAUCCCCAGAAACUAUCCCAACAUUGUCAUUCUCUAUAUGAAUAUGCUCCAAUGCCACCAGUGACGUACCCAGAACUGAAAGAUGAAAUGUGGUGCCACCGCUAUUAUCUUCGGAAUUUAUGUGAUGAAGUUCGAUUUCCUAAUUGGCCUAUUGUUGAGCAUGUUGAAUUUCUGCAGUCGUUGCUGGUCAUGUGGCGUGAAGAGUUAACGCGUAGGCCAUGAAUCUUUCUGAAGAAGAGGCUUGUAAAAUAUUGGAGAUUUACUUAGAUGAGGUAUCACGAGAUGCUGCUGCUAAGAAACAAUCACACGAGAUUCCUAAUAUCUCAAAACAGAUUGAGAACAUUGAUGAAGAGAAGCUCAAGCGCCAAUACAGAAAACUUGCAAUGAAAUAUCAUCCAGAAAAAAAUCCUGAAGGGAGGGAAAAGUUUCUGGAUGUGCAGAAAGCCUAUGAGCGAUUGCAGGCUACAAUGCAAGGGCUGCAAGGCCUGCAACCUUGGAGGUUAUUGCUUUUACUGAAGGGACAGUGCAUUUUAUAUAGACGCUAUGGGAAUGUAUUGGAGCCAUUUAAAUAUGCUGGCUACCCUAUGCUAUUAAAUGCAAUCACAGUAGAUAAUGAUGAAGCAAUUUUCUUUCAUCUGAUCGAACACCGCUUCUUGUUGCGGCCUCAGAACUGAUAUGGCUGACGUGUGCAUCUUCUUCACUGAAUGGUGGAAUAAAACUACUUGCGAAUCUUCUUUCCUGUUGCAUGUGUGUAGUUCAACCAUCUACCCCUGCAAGUGAACCAUCAACUGUCAUCGUUACAAAUGUGAUGCAAACGUUUUCAGUUUUAAGUCGUUUCGAGAGUGCCAGAGCUGAAAUUCUUGAACAUUCUGGACUAGUUGAUGACAUUGUACAUUGCACUGAACUUGAGCUCGUUCCAGCUGCUGUUGAUGCUGCUCUUCAGACCAUUGCUCAUGUCUUGGUGGACUGUCUUUCAAGAUGCCUUACUUGAAGCUGGGGUCUUGUGGGAUUGUUUGGUGGAGGCAAAUGGAAGACAAAGGCAAAGGACACAAAAAGCAAUAUUGAGGGCUAAAAACAAAAUAUAUGAGUCAAACGGGGAUUGAAGCACGACGUGCGACAGCAGUUACUUCAUCAUAUAAUGAGUCAUCAACGAACACUCACUCAAUUGCUUGCUCGAAAUUUAAACCAUCCUCUUCAUAAAUGAACACAGUUUGUAUAGAAGAAUUUUGUACAGUCUAGUCAGUCUCUCAAUGUGUCUCUUUCGUGUUCCAGAAGUAGACCAAAUUGAAGGGUUGUUUGGGUGCAACCUUUUCCUGCUGUUUUUUUUUGAUGUAAAGAGAAAUUGUGAUCUGUAAAUCACAUGCCUAUGCUAGUAAGAAAUAUGUGCAGUGAUGGGUGGAUGGAUGGAUGUUAUUGUUUUCUGCUGAGUUGCAAAUUUUCUACUAAUAGUGGAGCCUUUUUUUGGGGUGAGA